AUGGCAGCAGCGGCCACGGUGCAGCAGCCGGGCGUCAACGGCGAGGCCUCCCGAGCACGAUACAAAUAUAUGGACUACAUCCUCGACAGGCCAGGAACCGACACGGAGGAUUUGGGCUUCACGCCAGGUGCUGAAGUCAAGGAAUCGCUAGAAAGAUGCAGAGUACUGGUGAUCGGGGCUGGAGGACUCGGUUGUGAGAUCCUCAAGAAUCUGGCAUUGUCCGGAUUCAAGACCAUCGAUGUCAUCGACAUGGACACAAUCGACGUCAGCAACCUCAACCGUCAAUUCCUUUUCCGACAGCACGAUGUAGGGAAGCCCAAGGCGCAAGUGGCCGCCGACUUCGUGAUGAAGCGGGUGCCUGGCUGCACGAUCAAUGCAUACGUUGGCAAGAUUCAGGACAAGGACGAGGACUACUACAAACAAUUCAACUGCGUCAUUUGUGGCCUCGACUCCAUCGAGGCUCGGCGCUGGAUCAACUUCAUGUUGGUCGGAAUGGUGGAUAUGAGUGACCCUGAUACGUUCAAGCCACUCAUUGAUGGGGGCACGGAAGGUUUCAAGGGACAAGCACGUGUCAUCCUCCCAACUAUGACUUCGUGCAUCGAGUGCCAGCUGGAUAUGCAUGCUCCCCGCGCCGCUGUGCCUCUCUGCACUCUCGCAACGAUCCCACGUCAACCUCAGCAUUGUAUUGAGUGGGCGCACAUCAUCAAAUGGGAGGAGGAGCGUAAAGACAUCCAGCUCGACACGGACGAUCCAGAGCACAUCACAUGGCUCUACCAAACCGCUCUCAAACGUGCAAAGGAAUUUGGCAUCCAAGGUGUCACGUACAGCAUGACUCAGGGUGUUGUGAAGAACAUCAUUCCGGCGAUUGCUUCUACCAACGCCAUCAUCGCCGCCGCCUGUUGCAACGAAGCCUUCAAGAUUGCCACGAGCUCUGCAGGAUUCCUAGCCAACGUGAACUCCCUUCCAGACGGAGUCGAUCCGGAGACGUAUGAUCCGAGCGAGGAGUUUGCGCCAGUCGUCAACAACUACAUGUUAUACACUGGUGAUGCCAGUGUUUACACGUACACGUUCGGCCAUAAGAAGAAGGACGACUGCCCUGCUUGUGGUAACCAAGCAAAGCAAUUGUUCGUUUCGGGCGACAGCACUCUUGGAGAGUUCGUCGAGAGUCUAGCCGAGCGGCCGGAAGCUCAGCUGAAGAAGCCAAACUUGCGUACUGAAGAGAAGUCGCUGUACUAUUCCAGCCCGGAGAGUCUGAGGGAGCAGACUGAGCCGAAUCUGAAGCGUAAGCUGAGCGAGAUGCUGGAAGACGGAGAAGAAGUCGCCAUCAGCGAUCCCGCAUUCGCGAUCGACUUCCGCUAUAAGAUCUCCUUUUCGUGA